AGAAAGCAAGAGACAGGACGUCUCAUAGUGGAUAUAGGGUUUUGCAAGGGUUUUGCUGCAGGGUUCAGCCAGCUGUGCAGUCAAUCACAAGUGUAGAAUUUCAGCUUCACGAUUUGACGUGAAAUGCUCAAUAUGGUAAGAAUCAGGGCGCUGUAAACAGGGAGUGGGAGUGGAUUGGAUUCUGCAAGGGAUACACUCUUCGAGUUUGCAUCAGUGAAUUCGUCAAGCUGUUGCUCUUGAAGGAGGAAGGCGGAAUGUAGCUUCUGCUUCUGGAAACCCUUGGCACAAUCAACGUACAUUUGUGUCUUAUUUGAAUUUCAUCCCAUUGUACUAGCUUGGAGAUAAUGCAGAGUAACUCGUCGCAAGAAGAUAAGGAGGUCACAGAGGGCGAAGGGGCAGACUCCGAGCGUACACUCCUUGGCGGAAUGGACCAUGAGACGCGCAGGCCGUCACAGAUGCAUGGAGAGACAUGGCAUGGGGGGCAGUCAUACAAAAGGCUUAUGUCUGAGGGCCAGCUUCGCAUCGAAAGCAGUGGAAAGUGGUUGGGGACACACGAAACCGCAACUCAGCCCCUUGUGCCCCGGCCUUCCUUCCGCCGCCAGCUGUCCAGCCCCAUGGCUGGCAUCCCCGACUCCCCCUCCAGCUCACAAGGAAGCAGGUCGGAGCGGGAAGGUGCCUCCCGACCACCCCCUGUAGAGUCCACAGUUCACGGUGCCGAGCCCCCCCUUCCGGACCACCACUUCUGGAGAAUCCGCUCAAUAGCCAAACGCCCCCCUUUGCAACGCCAGCCGUCGGAUCUGGUGCUCGUGUUGCCGCGGCCGGAACGCGUGAUUGACAUUGGGGAAGAAAGCAAACGAGAGCCCGGGGGUUCUGUGUUGGGGGGCCUGGGGGCUUCUCUCGCCAGGUCCCUAAGCAUGUCCCUCAGCAGCCUUUCACAGCGCGGAAAGGUCGACGAGCGUGAGCGGCAGCCCGUGAUGCUGGACGAAGCAAUCUGCCGGAUCUGUUUCGACCAGCUGACGGAGGGCGAGACGUGGCGCCUCGAGUGCCAGUGCAAGGGCGACAUGGCUCUCGCACACGAGCAGUGCGCGCUUCGCUGGUUCAAUCUGCGGGGCAACAGGCUGUGCGAAGUGUGCGGCUCGGAGGUGGAGAACCUGCCCGUGAUUCUCGAGCGGCGAAGAGAAGGCGAGAACGGCACCACCGACGGCAGCGGCGCAGCGACAGCAGGGGCCGCGGCUGCGGAUGAGACGGUCCUCCCGCGACGGUACCGCGACGUUCCAAUGGUCUUCAUCGCUGCCGCAGUGGCGUACUUUUGUUUCUUCGAGCAAAUGCUGGUGUCGCAACAGGGGAAGGACGCGGUGUCGGUGUCGAUCCCCGCGUCUCUCAUCCUGGCCGUCACGACGAUAACCAUUGCGGCCAGGACGGAUCCAAGCAAGCUCUGGGGCCUGGGGCUCAUGCAGUUCUUUUUCGUGGUCAUCGUGGCGCAGCUCACGUUCUCGUUGGGCCACGUGGGCGGUGUCGGGGCGUGUUUCAUUGGUGGCUUCGUGGGGACGGUCGGCACGAUCGUAGUGUAUUCGGUCAUCCGGGACAUGCGCCGUUACCACAGCCGAACACGCGAGCCUCUCGAUGUGCCGCACGGGAUGGGCAUUGCUGCAAAUCAAGGGGAAGAGAUGGUGGAAAGGGGUAUUGACUCGCCAGACCAACUUCGUUCUGAUCCAGUUGACACAGCUGCUGGCGACUCUGAUUCACACCGUUCACGACAAAGCAACCAGCCCCCUGCCAGCAGCGGCGGGGGUUUGGAGGAGGUGCGGCCCUAGGUUCCUGUACAAAGGUGCUCGAUCUUUUCACGGAUGAUGUUUAUGUAGCAAAGGCACGCAGGGGCAGGGUGGGAGCAAUUGUCGAACAGAGCAGCACAGACAAACGGUUGAUAACAUCUUAAACACGGUGUACAGCAGCCUUUCGUGGUAUAUAGCUGAUUGUAGGGAAGUGGUGAUAGCUAACAAGAAAGGACGAAAAAGAAGGCGUUUCGAUGUUGAGAAAGUCGCCGUGGCCUGAUUGAAAGGAAACAUAGGACUGGGGUGCCCUGGGCCCCAUGGAAAUUUUCAAAACGAAUGCUGUAAUGUAAGCUAAAGUUCAAAACAGUGCUAGAACCGGACUCCCGACGAUUAAG